UUUUAUUGCUGCGAUCACGAAUCUCUAUGGUCUUGGUAUGCCGGUGUGUAAAACCCCCUCAUCUUAUGGCAUGUGGGGGAUGCACAGUCUAACUGCAGGAAUAUGGAACACGAAGACGUCAUGAUAAGAAGAAGGGCAUAGCAUAUGCGCACUCAUCAAGUCCUAUCGAAUCACGCAACGCUCGUUUCAUCUGAUAGCUCCAGCAUCAAUACAGCUCCGGUACAUCACUCGGCAAAAUCAGCCGCUCAUUCCUUCCUCCUUUCUCAAUUAUGGGUCCUUUUACUUCAACUGCAAGUUGUACGCAGUGGACCAUACGCCACGACUGAAUCAUACUUGUCGUUCCUUGCAAUAGGCCAUCUACAUUUCGAAAUACGAUUGCCUUUCAAUGCCAUCCGAGGAUUUGGAGUGUCACACGCCACACUUCCAGUGCGAGCCACUUCCGGUAUUGUGGUAAUCGUUUCAGAUCAAUCAGGCGAGGGACCCCGCGAUGAGACGUACUGGCCGGGACAUACAAGAUCAGCAGGAGCCUCCAGCAAAUCCCAACUCUCACGUGUCACUCUAUCAGACACAUCCUGUGGCCCGGGUGCAUGGUGCAUGGAUGUAGCACUGCUCGUCUCACUCAUGGGCACUGUCUUUUUUUCGCUGGACACCGGAUUCGCUGCUGGCGGGUUAAUUCGACGUUCAUUUCUAGCUUCGACCUUCUGCCUCCUGCCUUCCUCACGAACAGCGUGGUGGCACAAUGAAGAACCAUGAUUUAGCCGACUCAGAGGUUCUCGGAGAUCCGCUGCGUCAUACUGGCUGGGGGCAUGUUUGAGAUGGGAACACAAUCAGCUGCAGUGAAAGCACAUUUGUCAAUAUUUUUGGUGCGCACUGCACAUCAGGGUUUACUCGUUACUCCCGUCAUUCACGUUGAUCCAACGCGCGCACCGGCUGGAACACCACGGUGAUAUUUAAGUUUGGUGUCCAAGGACUUACCAGCUAAGACCGAACGCCACGCAGGCCACGCAGCCCAUGGAACAUCGUCAGAAGAGAUAAUCGAUACAAACAUUAUAUAUUCAAAGAGAAAGC